UUGUUUCAGGAUUGCCCGAGUGGCACUUUUUGUGUGCGUAACUCUUCAAACAAAGGCGAUUAUACACUCACUCUCAAAUAUGGUGAGAGAAUUCGUUUGAUCAAAAUCAUUGUCCUUGGAGGAAAUUGUGGUUUCACGCACGAUACGUUGAAGUUCGACUCAGUUGUUUCAUUAAUUCACUACUAUCGAAGGAAUUCAUUAGAGGAGUACAAUCGACAAUUGUCAACGGUACUUUUAUACCCGCUGCGGAAGCCGAAUUUUGAACGGACCUCUUGGAUAAUCGAUGGUGAGCACAGUGUGGAACACUUGUUGUGCCAGUUGCGCGGGCUACAGGCUGCAUAUUUGCGAGUUAUACGACGCGAUGAUCAGGUUUCUGGGGAGCUUGAUUCGCUGAGAGAAGAGCUGCAAAAAAAACGGCAUGCGUGGGCCGCUUUCACAGCAACACAUGCUCUUUUUCUCACGCAGAUGGAGCUGCUGGAGAACAAUAGGAAGUUGCUGUCAGACCAGUCUGAAAUCGAGCAAUUAAAUAACAACAGGGAAGUCCAGCAGAGAAGGUUGGAGAGCAUACGUUUCCAGCAAGUUCAAAUGAGUGAUCAAAUUGAAACAAUCGAGAAAAACAUUAAAGAAAAUGAAGUGCUACAUUGCAGCUUAAUGCCAAAGCUUUCUAAGCUACAUAGAGAGCUGAACACUUGUCAGUUUCGUCUUUGUCAAAUGAACGUUUCACAAGUAGCGAUGGAUAAAAUUUUGCAAGAAGUGUCUUUCCUUGCCGAUACGGAACCAGAACCAUUGGCAAGGAUUUUACUCCAACUGACACUGCGAUGGCAACCAGACAGAUAUCUCGCACUUGAUUGCACAAAGGUUUUCCAUCUGUUUUUAAGUUUUCUUCUCAUCGCAAAUCGUUGCUGCGCGUUAACUCAUUCGGUAAAUAAAACAAAUAGCGGUGCGCACAAGGGUAGUUGGUGCGAUCAUGCGUUUUGAGC